AUGGCUUUCAGAUUUCCAGAUCCUCGACUUCGAGUCGACGAUGAACUCUCGACAGGCACCACCGCCAAGGGGUCUGUCGCCCGUACAGCGACCACCUCCAACUCUAGCACCACGCGAGAAAGUCCCCCCAACGGUAUCCCUCCGUUAGAGGUUUCCGCAUACAAUGAAGCUGCGGAUUCUCAACCUCUACCCUCGCCGAGGCGCAAAAAUCUUGUCUUUGCCGAUCCUUUCGCCUUUCGGUAUCUCGAGGAAGGCAGCAAUGUUGUCGUUGUCGAGCGCCGUGGCAUUUUACGCGGGUACGAGUCGUACCUAGUCGAACAAUGGGCGUGUUCUCGAAAACCACCAACACUCCUGAUCGUCACUUAUACUGGAGACGAAAAACACUCGGUCGUUGUCGGUGUGCUCUCUGUUCCAAUAGACGAGAGUCUUUGGCCUCCAAGGCUACGCUUCUACUUUGAUCAACUCCAGGAUUCACAUGCGCGGCCCAAGGAGACUGAGCUUGGAGAGCUCAUGGUUACUAAUCUGAGUAAUUUCCCUUCGGCCCUCACCGUUAUUAUGGUGCCUGAGGGUGAUAUCCGAAAAUAUCGCACCUCGUUCAUUGUCAAUGAGGAUUUGAAACGAUUAGGAUGUUCUGGGCGAUCAGGCAUGACUCUGUCAGAUCCAACUGAAGCAACGCAGCUCAAGUUCUUGCAGCUCUACAGGACGAGCGAUCGAGUACCUGUUCCGCAAGCUGUAGUCGAACUCAUCAAGCUUUGUCAAGUCACAUUAUACAUGUUUGACAAGCUGGGGCACCAAUACAUCGAUGGGCUGCUUUGCGACAAGACAGAAAUGGCUAUCAACAACUGGUGGAUCGAAAUUGGUGCUGAACACUAUAAUUUUGAGCCUACCGAUGGCAUAUUAGGCCCCAGUACGGUGGCGGCAUUACUGGGCAUGUUCAUGGGUGCUCGAAAUCGCCUCCAUUGGUACGGAGCCCCGGUGUCAAAGGAUGUAUUUGACCUCGAAAACACUAAGCGUGGUAUUGGUCACUUCCAAAAAUCACAAAAGCUCGAGAAGACGCGAAGGCUGGACCGUCAAACUCUUCUCAAGCUCUACACUGUAUCUGCCAAGGCUGCUGCUGGCGAAAGUUGGGGUGUACAGAGGGCUGUAAAGUCAACACUGACAGAAGUCGGAGGUAAGAGGGGUGAGCUUGUAAUGGGAAUGGUGUCAGGAAAAGACAAAGGAGGACUGGCUGAUAUCGAGACACUCGACAUUGGCACUUUUGCUAGCUUAGCAUAUGGCGAACGGGCCAAAUGGCUCUGGCAUGGCAAGCCUCGGAGAAGCGUCGCCGAGCUACCACAUCACAGUCCAGAAUUGAGCAGCGCGGUACCUUGGAAAGAGGAAGAAGCGAAUCCAAACCCGAAACGCGUAUAUUCAGCGCCUGCCGAGAACGAACUAGAUGCGAAGCGACAGGACGAGACUCCUGAUGUUUACUCGGGCCACCCACCUGGUUCCGCCGUUAGUGUCGCUGAUGGAUCAGGUGAUAAGGAGGCUUCGCGGAAGAAUAUCUUCAAAGGUGUCGCUGGGAAAAUGAACGACGCUAGGUCUGGUUUUGGACGUAUUAAGGAUGUCGUUGGGGGAGGCUUACGCGGUCACACCAGUCGACCUUCGGUUUCCACGAGAGAUGACUUUUUAGAAUCGGGCCCCAGAAGUUCAAGUCAGGGGCUCACUCCAGGAACAACACAACCACCAGCGCCUACACAAGGAGUGGGCAGAGCCUUCACAUGGAACAACAAACCGCAGGAGUAUCUAGCCGCGAUGAAACGAGCAGACGCGGAAGGGGUAGCAGGUUUCCCCCAGCUUUCGCACUUUGCGUCCACCUCGACAGUUGACAUUAAGCAGCCGGCCUCGGCUCCCGUGGAAGCACAAAAGCGCGAGCAAGAUGGGGAGUUAUUUGAUAUUGGGGUGGAAGUGCGCAAGGAUGUGUUGUCUAAAGCACCCUCCGCUGUUGGAUCUCUUGUUGAUGAGCAUGACCUCCAAGGGCCUGUUCUGGAUGCAGAACUCAAUGAUGAUCUAUCCAAAAGGGGGCUCUCGCGACGACACAGUAUUCAGUUAUCACAGUGCCCGCACAUGGCCGUUCUCAACGAAAAUCGUUGGCCACGACGAAUGUCAUUUGGCGAUGCUGAAGAGGCAGUAUUGCAGUGGGAACCCCUCAUCGACGUGUCAGAUGUAGCGGAUGGUCUUGCCAAUAUCGAAGCCUUCAACGACCUAGCUCAGCAUUUUAAUCAGUGCUUGGAGGAAAUGAAGCACCGUAUUGAGCCAUGGGUCGCGGAAAAGAUCAGUGCAGUUGAGGCUCUCGAUGAACGCUACGCAAAAGACAAGGACGAAAUGCAUGCACUCUACUACCAGCUGAACGAAGCAUGCCAGCGUAUACGUAUAACUUCUCAUGAGCUCCUUGCCGAGGAGCGGUCUCACCUCUUGGAGGGCCUUAAGGAGGUUGAGGCGCUCGUAGCUCGUCUCGACUAUGAAAUCAAUGCUCUAUUACAAAAAGUGGUCGAUGUCGAAGAUGGCAUUGUUACUUUUGAGAGGCAGGUGGAGGAUAUGGAGAAGAGAGCUGAGGCUUUGAAGGCCGAGCUUGAGACCGAAGGGUGGCUUCACUGGAUGUUCAGAACUGUCACGGGGAUCGGGACAGGUCCAGAUAUUACAAGGUCGCCGUCUUGA